UUUGUUUUUCAUAUUAUUUAUUGUUUUUUCGACCGUCCCUUGCUCUUUCUUUUAGCUGCUGCUGCUGCUUCUGCUCCUAGUGUUUUUUUGCCUAUUGAAAAAUUUUCGAGUGUUGAUUUCAGUAGCCAUCGAAACCCUAAUUCCUCUUUCACCAUGAACUGUUCAAUCUCCGGUGAGGUGCCGGAGGAGCCCGUUGUCUCCACGAAAUCCGGCUUGCUCUACGAGAAACGCUUAAUCGAGCGUCAUAUUUCGGAUUAUGGGAAGUGUCCAGUUACUGGGGAGGUACUUACUAUGGACGACAUUGUCCCGGUCAAAACCGGCAAGAUUGUGAAGCCCAGAUCUUUAACAGCAGCUAGCAUUCCUGGGAUGCUUGGAAUGUUUCAGAAUGAAUGGGAUGCUUUAAUGCUAUCCAAUUUUGCAUUGGAGCAGCAGCUUCAUACAGCCAGGCAAGAGUUAAGUCAUGCACUCUACCAGCAUGAUGCUGCCUGCCGUGUGAUUGCAAGACUUAAAAAGGAAAGGGACGAAGCCAGGUCAUUGCUCGCACAGGCUGAGAGGCAGGCACCCUUGCCUGCAUCAGCAGCUACUGCCAAUGUUUCUGCUCUCAGCAAUGGAAAGAGAGCUGCAGAGAGUGAAGAUAUGGGCCCUGGUGGAAAGAGAAUGCGUCCUGGGGUUUCUGAUAGUAUUAUUUCUGAGUUAACAGAAUGUAAUGCAGCUCUGUCACAACAGCGUAAAAAGCGCCAGAUACCUCCCACUUUAGCUCCCAUUGAUGCUUUGGAGAGGUAUACCCAACUAUCUAGUCAUCCUCUUCACAAGACCAACAAACCUGGGAUCACUUCAAUUGAUAUCAAUCUUUCAAAGGAUAUUGUUGCCACUGGAGGGGUUGAUUCAAGUGCUGUACUCUUUGAUCGAACAUCUGGGGAGAUCUUAUCUACACUCAAUGGGCAUUCUAAGAAGGUUACUAGUGUAAAAUUUGUAGCCCAGAAUGAUGUAUUUUUAAGUGGUUCAGCAGAUAAGACUGUUCGCAUUUGGCAAGGGUCUGAAGAUGGAAAGUAUGAUUGCAGGCAUAUUUUGAAAGAUCAUACAGCUGAGGUGCAAGCUGUCACAGUCCAUGCCACUAACAACUACUUUGUAACUGCUUCACUUGACACGACGUGGUGUUUUUAUGAUCUUUCGUCUGGUUUAUGCUUGACCCAGGUUGAAGACCCAUCAAAUUCUAUGGGCUAUACGUCUGCAGCUUUUCAUCCUGAUGGCCUUAUCCUUGGAACUGGCACCACUGGAGCUACUGUUAGAAUUUGGGAUGUGAAGAGUCGGGGAAAUGUUGCCAACUUUGAUGGACACACUGGGGCUGUAACAGCCAUAUCUUUCUCAGAAAACGGUUACUUCCUUGCAACUGCUGCUCAUGAUGGUGUUAAGUUGUGGGAUCUACGCAAAUUGAAGAACUUUCGAUCUUUUGAAUUAUAUGAUCAAGACACACCAACCAACUCAGUGGAUUUUGACCAUAGUGGGAGUUACCUUGCAAUUGCUGGCUCAGAUAUAAGAGUUUACCAAGUUGGCAGCGUAAAAGCUGAAUGGAAUUGCAUCAAAACUUUACCUGAUCUGUCCGGCACAGGUAAAGCAACUUGUGUCAAAUUUGGUACAGAUGCGAAGUACUUGGCAGUGGGAUCAAUGGAUCGCAACCUUCGCAUAUUUGGCCUUCCCGAAGGUGAUGAUGCUUCAACAGAAUCAUAAAAAGAGAUCCCUUCUGUUCAUAUAUGAUAAGUUGCGACUGCUCGGUUUCGUGGUUAAAGUAGAACUGUCAGAUUUUGAGGUGGGUUUAAAUCUUUUAGUCUUGUGCUUCUGUUCCCAAAAAUGCUUUUUUGAAGCUAGGGAGGGCAUGAAUGUCUACCAUUGUUGCCAUUCCUCCAUUAAUCACUGUCUCAUUUAAAAAGGUUUUGAAGAAAUGAAGCCAGGUGAAAAUAUAUUAUAGACAAUUCCAACUCCUAGAACUGAACCAUCACUAGUGGGAUUUUUUAUCUUAAGUAGGCAGCACUUAUGGACUUUUUUUUUUUUUGGGUUUUAGUUUUGUUGUGGCCUUAGAUUGUAGUAUUUAUUUGUAUACACUGCAAGAGUGGAUGGUAUAUUUAGAGUUUUUAUGUACCAUUUUUAAUGUUUGCUGGUUUUUAAGAGGAUUCCUCCUCAUUGCUGCA